AUGUCACAGAAAUUAGCUGCCCUCGGCAGUUUUGUCAAUAGAUCCAUAGACAUCCCCCUGUCCAAAGACGAUAGAGAGAUGGAAAUCAAAAUAAUUAAACAAAUAGCUCAAGACCACAAUUUUGACCCUAAUAUAGUCAAUAAGCUCAUACAGAAGAAAUUAUUGAGGAAUUUAGCUAAUAAUUCAUAUUUACCAACAACAAACACUAGUGUAGGGGGCAACACAGAAAGAUUUUUCUCAUUAAUGUUUAAUGGUGAUAUAUCAUAUAAAAUACAGAAGAUCUGUUCACGUCACAAUAUUAAAAUAGCUUUCAAAUCAAAGAAUACCUUAAGUAAUUUUUUCAUAAAUAAUAAAGAUAAAAUUGACCCUUUACUCAACCCUGGUGUAUACCAAUUGGCUUGCGGUUGUGGAAAAAUUUACAUUGGCAGAACAAAGAGAAAUUUCAAGACGCGCUUCUCAGAACACUGUAGAUGUGUUGGGUUAAAUAACACAGAAUCACUGUUUGCAAAGCAUAUUUUGGAAACGGGACACCAAACAGAUUUCAAAAACAACCAUAAAAUUUUACAUGUUGAAAGUAACAAUGCUAUUUUAAAUAAUUUGGAAGCGUUAGAAAUUAUUAGAUCAACUAAAGAUGACCCUGAUAGAAUCAUCAACUCACAGACCUCUUUCCUGGAUAACAGAAUCUUGAGUUUGUUUUUCCAGUAA